CAGAUGCAAAUGGCAACGAAAUUAAAGACUGUGCAGAUCCUGGCCUUCUAAUAAAGCGGAGUACAAUGUCUCGACUUGCUUCAGAUGUGGUUGAGGAUGCAUUAAUGAGUGAAGAAGGAUGUGAGCUACUGUCAGAGACUCUAAAAAGUUUGCAGGUGAAGUUAAAGUUGCUGAAGGAUGGACUAAGUAAUAACGAAGUUGGAGGGUCCAGCUCUCAAACACAAUAUAUGAAAGACCCUAAGAGAGUGAGGUGCAAAGGAAGGUCGAAAGGAGUAACGGGAGCAAAGGAAAAGGCAAUGAAGCGAGGGAUUAGACACUGUCGGGAGUGUGGACACAUUGGUCAUGAUAGAAGACAAUGCCCAGCCUUGAACACACCGACAUCACCGUCGAACAAUGACGAAUCAACUCCAAUACAUCGUAGUGACCCAUUAUUCGACGAUUUUGACAGGAUGCACGGACCAACUAAAUGAUUUAUAUUUGUAUUAGACGAAAUGUGGUUGUUAUGAAGAUUAAUGAUCAGGUGAAGUUUUAUAGAUUCAGUUUUUGAAUAUUAUUGUGUUUUUGUUCAUGUCCACCGAUGAGCUCUUACUAUGUCCACUGGUAAUUGAAAUGAAAAUUUCCUUGGUUUC